UAUUACGAUCGACACAGUAAAAUAUUUGUGUCAUAUAUAUAAUCAUUGAUCAUUAUUAAAUUAAAUAUUAUUCAAUACUAACGCAUACGUCAUGUGAGUGUAUAUAUGUGUGUUCAACACAUACACAUCCGUCCAUUUUACGUAGAAUUUCUGUGUAUUCUGAAGUGACACGUGCGAUACGUGGAUUGGUCAUUAUUAUAAAUGUCUUCUCGAUAAUUAAUACAGUUUUUAAUCAACAUUUAAGGAUGUGGAUACUAGUAUUUUUUUAUUCAUUACUUUUGUGCUCAAAAGGAUUAAAAGCAGAUAAAAAAGUAAACAAAUAUGUGACAACAUUGAUUGAUGCAAAAUGGAUGGAAACUCCAUUAUUUUUAGAAGCAGCUGAAUAUCUCAAUGAUGAAAAUCCAAAUUACUUUUGGAAAUUCAUCGAAGCAUAUUCUGAAAAUGUUGCGUCCAUACAAAAUGGUACAGAAAAGGAUAAUUAUGAAUUAAUUUUGAAGUUAGCUGGGAAGCAUUUAUCUCCAGCGGAGAUUGCGGUUCUUAAAUUAGGAUUAUCAUUGCGUAUUUAUUCUACCCGAGUUGAAAUGUUUUUUCAAAUGGCAGAAAACAAGAAUGUUUCUACUUUAGAUUGUUAUAACGUAAUUGACAUCGGUGGGAAAUUUACAUGUUCCAUCUUUGAAGUAAAUGAAUUAAUCGCUAAGGAUAAAUGGACUAAGAGAGAUACUUACAGUAUAGAUCAUUAUUAUUUGGGAUCUCAAAAAACUGAUAAAGUUAUAAUAAUGUAUGGUCAAAUUGAUUCUCCAAUGUUCAUGAACUAUCACACGAAAUUAAAAAGUAUAGCGGAUACACACGGAAUCAAUUAUAUAUUACGUUACUACGUAAAGGAUAGACUAGAUAGGAAAUUACGGUUAUCCGGUUAUGGUGUAGAAUUACAAAUGAAAUCGACUGAAUACAAAGCUACAGAUGAUUCAGAUAUUAAAGAUAAUACUGGAAAAGGAUCUGAAACAAACAAUGAUGGAAUUGAAGAAAUAGAUGGAAUCAACUUCGUGACUUUAAAAACAUUAUAUCCAGAUAAAAAAGCUGAAUUAGAAGAAUUACAAACACAUUUGCUUGAAACGAGUCAUGAAAUUGGGGCAUUAAAAGUAUGGCAGUUUCAAGAAUUAAGUCAUCAAGCAGCCGAGAGAAUAAUGAACUCUCCUACGGAUGAAGCUCUUAACGUUUUAACAGACAUCGCUCAGAAUUUUCCUAUGCAAGCCAAAUCAUUGAUUAGAACAAAAGUAAAUAAUGAAAUGAAAAAGGAGAUGAAAUUAAAUCAAGAAAUAUUUUCUGGAAGUUUAAGUAUACAACCGACAGACACCGCGCUCUUUAUCAAUGGUUUAUUCUUUGACUUGGAAGCUAUCGACGUACUUACACUUCUAGAAGCUUUGAGAGGCGAACUACGUGUAAUGGAGGCACUUCAUAAAAUUGGAUUUAAUAGUAAAAAAAUGGGGAAACUUUUAGCUCUUGAUUUGUCAAGUAAUGUAGAUAAUCAAGAGUUUGCUAUGGAUAUUAGAGACUCAGCUAUAAUUUGGAUAAACGAUAUUGAAACUGAUGUUCGUUAUAGUAGAUGGUCACCUGCGUUGACUGAACUAUUAAGACCAACUUUUCCAGGAAUGCUUAGAAAUAUAAGACGAAAUUUAUAUAAUUUGGUAUUAAUCAUCGAUCCUUUAAACGAAGAUUCAAUGGCCUUAAUUUCAUUAGCAUCAUCUUUAUAUACAUAUGUUGCUCCUUUAAGAAUAGGAUUCGUUUUCAUAACUAAUUAUGAUACUUCGGUUACUGGCUUGUUGGAUGCGAGCGUUGCAGUGAACAAUGCAUUCCAUUAUUUCAUAGAAAGCAAAAGUGCUAAGGAAGCAUUAGAAUUUCUGUUAGGAUUGUAUAUCGGAUCUUAUCCCAUAACUGUGGACAUUGUUAAACAAGCUAUAAGAAAAAUAGAUUCUUCUGCUAAUAUAAAUUACAUUCUUAGCGAAGAAUCAGAAUAUGACGUCGGUCGUCAUUUAGCUAGCGAUUUUGUUAAACGAUCUGGUUUUAAAAAAUUCCCCCAAGCGUUACUUAAUGGCGUACCAUUACCGGCUACUCGAUUAAAUGCUGAUUUAUUUGAAGAAGCAGUAUUAAGUACUAUUGUAGCGCAAACACCUGCCUUACAGAAAGCAGUUUAUCGUGGUGAAGUUACACAAGGAGACGAUGUUAUUGACUUUAUAAUGAAUCAACCGAACGUUAUGCCACGAUUAAACGAACGUAUCUUGAAAAUAGAUAAAAAUUCUUGGUUGAAUUUAAUUGGAACAGUUCCCAAAGAUAACGAUUAUACUAAAUGGACUCCCCAAGAUGCAUCGUCCUGGCUCAUGGAAAAAAUGCAAUAUUUAUUUGUAUCUCGUCGAAGUAGUUUGCAUCAUUUAUAUUCAUUCUGGAUCGUAGUUGAUUUAAAAUUAAAGUCGUCUAGAAAAUUGCUGCAGGAAGCUGUUAUUUAUAUAGAAUCAAAUCCAGAUGCAAGAAUAAGCUUAAUCAUCAAUAAUAAUGAUGUUGAUUUUGAAUAUGAUUUAAACAGAAUUGCACUUGCUGCUUUAAAUUCAUUGCCCACAGAUAAAGUUUUACAAGUAAUGCACAAAAUAGUCAAAGAAGACUUUGAAUCCCUUGCAGAGUAUGAGUCAGUUAACGAACACUUGAAAGAUCAAGACAAGUUAUUAGAGUUCCAUACGUACUAUGCUAAACAAGUUUUAGGACUAGAAAAAGGAGCCGCAACUGUUGUAUGUAAUGGACGAAUGAUUGGCCCCUUAGACACUAAUGAAGAAUUUACCAAUGAAGAUUUUUCACUUUUGGAACGAUUUAGUCAGAGUACAUAUGGAGAUAAAUUAUUUAAAAAUUUAAUUAAAUCUCCGUCUGAGGAUGACGAUGAUUAUGAAAGAACUGAUAUUACGGAUGACAUGAUAAUGAAAAUCACUUCACUCUUGGUUCCACGACCACAAACACGUAGUCGAUUCGAAGUACGUUUUCAUGGAGAUGAGCAUAGCGUUAUAAAACUUCCACCUGUAAAUCCUGAUGAAGUAACAUUUGAUUUAAUUGCAAUUGUUGAUCCGGUGUCACGAGGUGCUCAAAAAUUAGGUCCAAUUUUGAAAACAUUACAACAAACAUUGAACUGCCAAAUUAAAGUAUUCCUUAAUUGUUUAGAUAAAAAUAGCGACAUGCCAUUGAAAAGUUUCUAUCGUUUUGUACUCGAUCCUGAACCGCAAUUUACUGCAGAUGGACACUUAAAUGGCGCUAUAGCUAAAUUUACUAAACUUCCUACUUCGUCGCUAUUAACGCAAUACAUUCAUGCACCAGAAAAUUGGCUGGUGGAAGUAGUGCGAAGCGUUUACGAUUUAGACAAUAUUAAAUUAGACAAUGUUGCAAUAGGUGUUCAUAGUGAAUUCGAAUUAGAACAUUUAUUACUCGAAGGCCAUUGUUUUGAAGCAGUAAUGGGAAAUCCACCGAGAGGCUUACAAAUUACAUUAGGAACUGAAAAACAACCGGUAAUGGUUGAUACUAUAGUUAUGGCAAAUUUAGGAUAUUUCCAACUUAAAGCGAAUCCUGGAGAGUGGCAUUUACGACUAAGACAUGGACGUUCAGCAGAAAUAUAUGAUAUUACUACCGUCGAUGGACAGGAUGUUAUUCAAGAUGGCAAUAACGUCAAAGUUUUAAUAAGUUCUUUGAAAAGUCAUGUUCUUAAAGUCAAAGUUUCCAAAAAACCGGACAAAGCUAAUAUGGAUUUACUUUCGGAUGAUGAUAAAAACUCUGGCAUAUGGAAUUCUAUUUCUAGCUUUUCGAAAUUUUGGACAUUCACUACAGGAGAUGAAAGCGAAGAUCAAGAUGACAAAUUAAAUAUAUUCUCACUUGCCUCUGGUCAUCUCUAUGAAAGAUUCUUAAAGAUUAUGAUGCUGAGCGUUAUCAAACAUACGAAGACUCCUGUGAAGUUCUGGUUUUUGAAAAAUUAUCUCUCCCCUACAGUCAAAGAUUUCUUACCGCACAUGGCGAAAGAGUAUGGUUUCGAAUAUGAAUUAGUGCAAUAUAAAUGGCCACGUUGGUUACAUCAACAAACUGAAAAGCAACGAACAAUUUGGGGAUAUAAAAUAUUGUUCUUGGAUGUAUUAUUCCCAUUGAACGUUAAGAAAAUUAUAUUUGUUGAUGCUGAUCAAGUUGUAAGAGCUGAUUUAAAAGAAUUGGCAACUUUAGAUCUUGGUGGUGCACCAUAUGCUUACACACCAUUUUGUGAUAGCAGAAAAGAAAUGGAUGGUUUCAGAUUUUGGAAACAAGGAUAUUGGAGAAAUCAUUUACAAGGCCGUUCUUAUCAUAUUAGUGCUCUUUACGUAGUAGAUUUAAAAAGAUUCCGUCGUAUUGCCGCAGGUGAUCGAUUAAGAGGACAAUAUCAAGCUUUAAGUCAGGAUCCUAAUAGUUUAUCCAAUCUCGAUCAGGAUUUACCUAAUAAUAUGAUCCAUCAAGUAGCAAUAAAAACAUUACCACAAGACUGGUUAUGGUGUGAAACAUGGUGUGACGAUUCAUCUAAGAAAUAUGCCAAAACUAUAGAUUUGUGUAACAAUCCAAUGACUAAAGAAGCAAAAUUGCAAGCUGCAAUGCGUAUUUUACCUGAAUGGGUAGGAUACGACGAAGAAAUAAAAACCUUACAGCAAAAAAUUGAGAAUGAAACUAGACAAAUGGAAAAAGAAGAUAAUGAAUCGACGACUGAAGAUCAUACGAAACAUGAAGAAUUGUGAAGUUAGAUUAAUGAAAUAGAACAAAUGAUAUUUAGUUUAUAACUUUUUCGAUUAUUCUAAAAGAAGGAAAAAAAAGAAAUGAAAUGAAAUGAAAAGAAAAGAAAAGAAAAGAAAGAAGAAAAAACUAUUCUCUACUGUCUGAAUCAAUAAGUAUACAAUUAUCCGAAAACACAAUCGAUUGUGCCAUUUUAAAAAAAGAAAUUAUUCAUCUUUGUCUUCUGUGAUUAAUAUUUAUCAUGAUACACGGUAAUUCUCUAUCAUAAAGGGCAGAUAUUUACAAAUUAAUGAUAAUGUGCAAUAGAUUAUCAAAAAUGAAUUAUUUGGCAUUACCAUAUCUAUGGUAAUGUGAUAUACAAAUAAUUGAAUUUCUCGAAACGAUAAAACAAUACAUAAUACUUUCUUUUGCACGAUUAAUGCGAAAGAGAACGACGAUGUUCAAUGGAUAUACAUUCAAGAGAAAAGUAAAUCUUACUUUUUCAGUAUUCUAGCUAAAAUAUGGACAUGGGACGCAUAGUCCACAAAUGUUGUCGAAAAACUAUUGUGAUUUUUUAUUACCUAUAUAUAUUAUAGUCGUAAACAAUAAACUUGUAUCGUUUGUAAAAUA